GACCUCCUUGCCAGUUGAUGACAGUGUUGCGAGAGGCUCAGUUGAGUGCGACUGACGAACACUGCAAAGAUCAGAUUGUAAUCUCAGACUCCAGCUUCAGAGCAGAUAUGUCUUUCUUUACCACUGUGGCACUCCUGGUUAUUCUGGCUAUUGCUGUGGGUACCACUCAGGGAUAUCCAGGAGUGACUCUGCGAUGUCAGUGCAUCAAGAAGGAGCGUAAGGCCAUCGGACGUCAUAUAGAAAGGGUGGAGGUGAUCCCUGCCAGCUCUCACUGCUCAGAAACUGAGAUUAUUGCCACUCUUAAAAACAAUGGGAGAAAGGUCUGUCUGGACCCUAAAGUUAUACGGGUCCAAAGAGUGCGCCAGGAAUUGUUGAGACACACAGCUUGAAGAGUAACGGACCGGGACACGUUAACGUUUACACUGAAGCUUUAAGUGGACACAUAAAGCACGAAGAGCUUGUUCUUUAUCGCAGGAAGGAUUCACGUGCCAGCGGUUGUGCCUAUAAAUCAUCAACACAACAACGAGUGCGGACACAAACAAGGCUUCAUACUGAAGAGCAUCACACUUUCAAAGAGCUGUUUAUAAAAGUAAUAACAAUAUUUGUAUUUUCGCUUUGUAUCUUUUAUUUUUUGUAUGAAUCAGUCAAUGUAAGGAAUUGGUUUAAAAUAAUAUAUAAAUAUAUUAAUAAAAUAUGUUCCUUAUUCUUUAGUGCUUAACAUCAUGGGGAAAUAGAUAAAUGGAACAUGAAAGUUAUACUUGAAGGCUGUACAACGUUUUUACAGACUGAAUUCUUUGUUUGAAUUUAUACCACAACCCUAACGUUAUUAUGCUGUCUUGGACAAGGUGGUUGUUUCUAGGGUCAUGUAAAAAUCACAACUUAGAUUUUGAGGUUAGAUCCACUGAGGUCAGAGAAGAUCUGUGUAUUUUGUCUCUUUAUUUAAAUAAAGCAUUUUUACAAAAAAAGGUUUUCUGCUUGAGCGCUGUGUCCCACUAUGUCUUGGAUCAUGGAUACACAACAUUGCAUACCUGCAGAGUCACUUUGAAUUCUCAGUGGACGGACACUGCCACCUCUUGGAAAGAAAAGUGCACAUCAUCAGGGCUAUAUCCAGUUCUGGUGGUUGUUAAAUGCCCACAUUCAUUAUCUGCUGACAAUACUGAAAUGAUAUUGUUUUAGUGUAUGUAAUGUAGGUCUAAUUCCAUUUAUAUU